CCACUAAUGAUCCAAACACAUCAUGACUAAAAAACAAUGCAGAUUAGAGACUCUGGAGACUUUUCAAACAACCUGCCAAUUCUGUGAAAACUUACUUAAAAAGUAAAUUUUCACAGUUUUUCCCCAUUCAGCAAUGAUUCAGACCAAGAAAAGUGUGGAUCAUUCUCCUCCAACCUGAAGCUAACUUCCAGCUCUCUCCACAGUUUGUUAUGUCACCCCCUGAGAGCUAGCGGUCACCUGGAGCAGCUGAAGGCUAAACUAUCUCGAGAGUUGGACGGCGAGUUAGCUGGCUAAGCUAACGUAUCAGCUAGGACACCGAUCUCUGAGGAAACACUUGAAAAAAUGCUCGCUCGCAUGUUAUUUACCCUUCUGAACAGACUCCAAGUCGUUGAGAAGUUGGCAGAGUCUCGUCCGAUCCGCAGGGCUGCUCAGAUCACAGCCUACGCCCUCACCAAGGCUCAGCUAGCCGGCCAGGACGCCUCGAAGCGGGUCAUGCAGUCGCAGACGCUGCGGCAGGUCCGGGAGGAGGCUGGACGAGUCCCCGGUGACCUGGGAGAGGUGGGCAACCGGCUCAAGAGGGUCCAAAAGACGUUUGUGAAUGAGGUGAAGGAGGGCUGGAAGGAUGGGUCCAGACAGAUCAAGAAAUAAAGACGGUCAGACUGGCUGUAGGAUGUUAUAGAGACUGGGAAGCUAUUGUUGACAACCACAAUGUCCGAUAAUGGACUCACUGACCUUUCAUGUUUUUGUAACCUCACCAGACUGCCAGCUGGACAAACUGAAGGAGACAUCAUGUAUAAAUACCCCUCAGCAAUGCAUGACAACUGUCUGUGUGGUGGUUAACUACAACUGUCUUGAAUAACUGGCUUCAUGUUGGAAACGAUCAGUUCAUGUCACCCCUGACCUGCAGCCAGUGGCUAGUAAUUUAUGAUAAGUAGGAAAGUUUAGCUAAGUACAUCCAGGAUUCCCACAUUUCUCAGAAAACGUGAAAUUGUGAAUUGUAAAAUUCCUUGUAGAGAAAAGUGUGGGGAAAAGUCAAAACUGCAGCGGCAGCUUGGAAAGGUGUAAAAUGGUCAAGUGCACUUCUCAGAAGUUGGUUGAAGUUGAACUACCAAAGUGUACUUUUGUACCAGGGAUUAGUCAGAAGACGGAAUUAAUAACAGACAAUUCAACUAGACAUGUACUGAAAAAAGUGGUAUUUCUCUUUCCACCAACCAAACCAAUACACCAAUCCUGCCAUAAAGUUUUUGUGGAUCUGAACAGGAGUAAAGCUGUCAGUGUGAAUCAUUUUAUUGGCCUAAAGUGUACAAAGAAAUAACUGGUGUAUAGAGAGAAUGAAUUCACUGUUAUUCUGUGACUGUAUAAAUAAAGAUUAUAAUUUAUGAUACAAACUGUG